GUCCCAAGAUGGCGGCCACCAUGAAGAAGGCGGCUGCAGAAGAUGUCAAUGUUACUUUCGAAGAUCAACAAAAGAUAAACAAAUUUGCACGGAAUACGAGUAGAAUCACAGAGCUGAAGGAAGAAAUAGAAGUAAAAAAGAAACAACUCCAAAAUUUAGAAGAUGCUUGUGAUGACAUCAUGCUUGCAGACGAUGACCGUUUAAUGAUACCUUACCAAAUUGGUGAUGUUUUCAUUAGCCAUUCUCAAGAAGAAACACAAGAAAUGUUAGAAGAAGCAAAGAUGCUCACAGGGAACCUGCUCUAA